AUGCGGCUGCCUGCCCUGGCCAGCGUUGCUUUCCUGCUAUGCCUCUCUCAGGUAUCUUGCCGCUGCCCCUCCACAUGCCCUUGCCCCCCGGGCCUGCCUCACUGCCGCCCUGGAGUCAGCCUGGUGCUGGAUGACUGUGGUUGUUGUCAGGUGUGUGCCCAGCAGCUCAACGAAGACUGUGACAAGCUGGCACCCUGUGAUCCCCACAAAGGCCUGCAGUGCAACUUUGGAGCUGACCCCUUGGCGAACAGGGGCAUCUGCUGGGCCAAACAAGAAGGCCGGACCUGUGAAUACAAUGGCCACAUCUACCAAAACGGAGAGAAUUUUCAGCCCAACUGCAAACAUCAGUGCACCUGCAUUGAUGGGGCUGUGGGCUGCCAGCCUCUGUGCCCCUUAGAGCUGCCUCUGACCUUGCUGGGUUGCUCCAGCCUCCGGCUCCUUAAGGUACCCGGUCAAUGCUGCAAGACGUUUGUGUGCAGCGAAGGUCUCAAGAAGUAUGGAGGGAUCACCUUUGAGUAUGACUGGCAUGGAGAGGCAAAUGGCAAUGAGCUGAUCUAUGUGGACGAAGGUGGACACUGGAAAAACCUACCAGUGUGGAGGCCACUCUUCCAGGCUCAUGUGUCAAAACAGCAGCACAAGUGCUUGGCUCAGACUACAGACUGGUCACCGUGCUCCAAGAGCUGCGGCUUCGGCAUCUCCACCCGUAUCACUAGUGCCAACCCCCAGUGCAAACUGAUCAAAGAGACCCGGCUGUGUCAGAUCAGGCCCUGUGGGCAACCUGAUUUUACCAAGCUAAAGAAAGGCAAGAAGUGCCUGAGGACCAACAAGGUACAGGAACCGGUGAGGUUCAGCUAUGCCGGUUGCAAGAGCUCACGCCAUUACCAACCCAGCUAUUGUGGGGGGUGUCUGGAUGGACGUUGUUGCGUACCCUUGCGCACUCGCACGUUGAGCAUAACCUUCCGUUGCCCAGAUGGAAGUUUCUUCUCCAAGAACGUCAUGAUGAUACACACCUGCCAGUGUGGCCCAGCUCAUUGCUGGCAGCUCAGUGAAGCUGCUAUGGGUCCCCAGUACCAGCUCCAUGGGGACAUUCACAAGUUCCUGGAGUAA